AUGUCAAAAGUAGUAAAUAGACAGAUAGAUCAUCAUUAUCAUCAACAACAUCAACACCCAACAUCAUCCAUCUAUGAAAAUAAUAGAAACAUGGAGAACGAAAAUAAUAAUCGAUUCGGUGAUUUAGGUGGAAUACCUAAUUAUAUUCCUGUAGAUGCUGUUCAUGAAAAUAAUAAUGUUCAGCAAGAGGAAGAACAACAACAACAACAACAUCAUUUUAGACACAGGUUUGGUUUACGUAGGGGUGUAAUGCCUAAUCCAUUGGCAGUUACAAAGACAUCACCUUUCGUAUCGCUCAUUGUAAUUCUCGUUAUAUUUUGGCUACUUGUAUUCCUCUUUGAUGUACCAUACGAUAUCGAUGUAUACCGUCACUAUGUAAUAGGCACUUGUUUCUUUCAUCAUUUCUAUCACCUUGAUUGGUUUCAAUACGAUGAAUCAUCAUAUAGUUUUCAAGCAACUGCCGAGGUACUUGUAAAUACAAAUAAAAAUACAAAGAAAGAAUUAAAAGAAUUAUAUCCUAGUUUUGUAAUAACGUCAACAACAGAUUAUGAAUCGAAUAAAUUACAAGAACAACAACAACAAAAACAACAGAAUAUACAAUAUAAUAAUUUAGAUAUUAAUAAUAAUAAUUUAGAGAACAACAAUAAUAAUAAUUUUAAACAAUAUUUAUAUUUACCAUUUAAAACGAAUAUAAGUAUUGAUCAGAAUAUUGGAGAGUUAACUUAUAACGCUAGAAAACCACCUUAUGAAGUUAGUAGAGGAUCACCCUAUAGCCAUCCACAUCGAUGUUUCUUCCACCCGGUGACAAAGGAUGUUACCACUACGAGGUCGGUACUACCGCUGUUUUGUGUGGCGUUGUUGGGCUUGGUGACAGUUGCCUCUAGUUUUCUGGUGUUAUCACACUCACUAAGACAGCGAUUCAAUCAGAUUCCACUGAUAUUCAUCAUCUAUAUAGUUCUACAAAUAAUAUCACUGGCAUUCCUUGACACUGUCGACUAUACAUUCUAUGACCUUGCGCAUCAGAUAGUAACACGAAUCAUUGUCUUUGGCAUAGCUGACCUUGCCUACGAGUUCCUCACCAAUUCACAACAAGAACGUGCCACUUUUCAUAUUUUCGUAUUCGUAUUAUAUAUUGCUGGAUACUAUCAUAUAAUCGUAUAA